GAGGGAGUGAAGACAGAGAACGACCACAUCAACCUGAAGGUGGCCGGGCAGGACGGCUCUGUGGUGCAAUUUAAGAUCAAGAGGCACACCCCAUUGAGCAAGCUGAUGAAGGCCUACUGCGAGAGGCAGGGUUUAUCGAUGAGACAAAUUAGAUUCAGGUUUGAUGGGCAACCAAUUAAUGAAACAGACACUCCAGCACAGCUGGAGAUGGAGGAUGAGGACACCAUUGACGUCUUCCAGCAGCAGACCGGGGGAGCACGGGAGACCAGCUGCCUGUUGGUACACAGCCCAUAGAGGGCUGUCCCCACCCCAUGUCAUCGUCCUUGCACAUGCUGUCGCAUAGUGAACACGUGACCAUACCAAUCGCCAAGGAGUCUACGGCAGCAUGAGGACGUUCACAGAAACGAUUCUCCUCUUCCAUGUACUUCGAGUGCAACUCUAAACUAUCUGCAGGGACGAAUCCACAACUUAAAUUGGGCCAAUCAGAAUUAUUAUCUUUGUUCAGGUAACAGGAGUCAUGAGGUUUUUUGGGUUUGUUUUGUUUCAGUUUUUGGUUUCCCCUCAUUUUCAAUAUUUUCAAACCUGUGGCCUGAAUGUUGGCCUUUAGUUGUGAGUUGCAACUGCCCUCCCACCACCAUCCAGUCAUGUAGAGUGCUUAUGGGCACUGUGGUGGGGGUAUCUGUUGGACAAGUGUGGGGGCCUGGUGGGGAUAGGAGGCAGAAUUUCACUUACUCUUCAUUGUUGGCAUGUUCUUAACUUGCUGAGUGUUGCAAACUUCAGCUUUGUCAGCAUAUAUUAAAGUUGAAGGGAAAAUAUUGGGCUGCUUCUAAAAGGUGGA